UCUAUGCUCAUUUUCUGCUGUAAACCUAAGCGGAUGGCGACAAAAAUUCGAUUCUCAAUAAUUAAAUAUUACAACAAUUAGACAUAAAAAUGUACUAGUAUUUCAAAGAUUUUUUUGACCGUUAAGAUUUAAGAAUACCUAUAUUUUCGUUUCUGGCCAAAGAAGAUUUGCGGAUAAAGCUGUUUACUGACAGCCUACAAAUAUGCCGCUAUUACAGCUAAAUAUAAGUGAGGGAGACAUAAUUCGUUUAAUUUUAGAAUUUCUCAAUCGGCGUGAUCUCCAUAUCACACAGCUCUCGUUAGAGCGCGAGACUGGAGUAAUUAAUAGCAACUAUCCUAAUGAUGUCCUUUUUUUGCGACAACUCAUCCUUGAUGGCCAGUGGGACGAUGUACUUGAGUUUAUACAGCCACUUAGCCCAUUAAAAGACUUUCAAGGCAAUAAAUUCCAUUAUAUCAUUUUACGGCAAAAAUAUAUUGAACUAUUAUGCAUCAAAUCGGAAAUCAAAGAACCAGAUAGUAUACUGAGUAUUGUCAAUGAAGUAGUAGAUGUUCUUGGCGAAGUCGAGAAAUUUGCUCCAAGUAAAGAAGAGUAUUCAAAAUUAUGUUUGCUCUUGACCUUACCAAGCAUCACAAAUCUUGAGCAAUACAAGAAUUGGAAUCCAAGCACUGCAAGGGUGCAAUGCUUCCAGGAGGUAUAUCCUCUUGUAGAAAAUUUCAUGCCUUCUGGCAAGCCUACUUCAAACGCUUCUCUGCCCAAAAGUGCUAAGAACGAUCGCUUGAUGCAGCUGGUGAUAAAAGGUAUCCUGUACGAGUCUUGCGUGAACUUUUGCCAGAGCAAGGCGACAGGUGUGCAGGAGGCCCAGCCAGCAGAAGUCAAUUUCUCGCAGUUGCUUGAUGUGCCUGGACUCGGCAAGUCUGACCUGAGCUUACAAGCGUGGCUUCAGUCCAUUCCUCUGGAGAUAUUUGGUAUUCCCUUCGAGCAUACAUCGCUCAGCGUGGAUGUGGAGAAACUGGAGCGUCCGUCGCUGCACACGUCGUGGACCGAGCACAUGCUGGUAACGCCGAUCAAGCCGCGCACUUUCCCGCACGUAAAGAUGGUGUUCCGCAGGCCGCAGUCCGCCGCAGACGUCAUGUCGCGCUCACUACGGCCGCUGACCGACAGGAUUUUGCGGCCUCCCAUCGCAAUGGCGCAGUCAGCUAUCGACGCCGCGUCCGCUGGAUACGCUGGUAAUGCGCUCCCUGUCCCACUGUCCAACUCCUACAGUGGCUUCCAUCUGACGGGGAUGAAGGACAGUAGACUGAUGAACACUUCUGUCGACAAACUCUUUGAAGUUCCAAAGUCCGAACUCAGCAGGAGCUACGCAAUUAAUGAUAAAUUGCAGCCUAUACAAGAAAACGCCAAAGCAACGAGUGACACAGUGAGUGCGAGAAACCAAGCAAACGGCAUAGAAGUAUCGAACGUAUCAACUCCUGAACAACGUCCGCAAGACUAUUCCGCGUCGACGUCCGCAGCUGCCGAUGACGAGUUAUCAGUCGACUUUGGAGCUUACAAGAGAGAUUUGCUAAAAGAAUAUGAAGAACAAAAACAUCUGCGGAAGUUGUCUGGUUCACAACCUGGGAGAGUUAUACAAGUGGGAGACGUCUUACCAUCAAGAGAUUUCACCAAUCAGCGUGGGCAGCAACAAGAGGCCGCUAACUUGGCAUCUGGUGGUGCAGUGGGGAGUAGCAAUAGGCCUGGGAAUGAUGAGCCAACAGUCACAGGAGCAGCGCCUUUGCAGACGAUGGGCAGAAAUGGCGGCCCGACGUCGGCCACCCGCGCCUCUGACUCCGCCCCGACUCCAGCAGCUGCUGAAGUCAACAACUCAAGACCUACCUUCAAACCCGUAACACUGCUGGAAGACCUGCAAGCCGUCAGAUGCGCGGAAUUCCACCCCAACGGGAACGUAUACGCAGUGGGCUCAAACACGAAGACUUUGAGAAUAUGCACAUACCCGAAGAUGGAUGAUUUCAAAAACGACAGCGGUUUGGCCGCCACCACGGUUUUGAUGAAGAGGACCAAACACCACAAGGGGAGUAUCUAUUGUAUGGCAUGGAGUCCCGCGGGAGACCUACUCGCUACCGGUUCCAACGACAAGACGGUCAAGAUGAUGAAGUUUAACAGCCACACAAGCUAUUUAGAGGGACAGGAGAUGGAGUUGACAAUGCACGAUGGCACAAUUAGGGAUCUAUGCUUUAUAGAAGAUACGACAAACAAAGCUAGCUUACUGGUAAGCGGGGGCGCUGGUGACUGUAAGGUGUACGUUACUGACUGUGCCACGGGCAAAACUUUCCAGUCGCUUUCGGGCCACACCGGUCAUGUCUUGGCUCUGUACAAUUGGGGCGGCGCUAUGUUCGUGUCGGGCAGUCAGGACAAGACUGUGCGGUUCUGGGACUUGCGUGUCGGAGGCUGCGUCAAUGUUAUAACGCCGCCUACCGGAAUACCGGCCAGGGUAACAGUUCUACAAAGCACCGCGGUGGGGUCGUUGACAGUAGACCCCAGCGGGCGGCUGUUAGUGUGCGGACACGAGGACGGCUCGUGCGCCCUGCACGACGUGCGCGGCUCGCGCACCUUACAUCGCUUCAUGCCGCACGGCGGCGACGUGCGGAGCGUGCGCUUCUCGCCCGGCGCCUACUACCUUCUCAGCGCGGGCUACGACGGCCGGGUGGUGCUCUCAGACAUGCAAGGUGAUUUAACCUGCCCUCUGCCCAACGUGCUAGUAGCACGUCACCCAGACAAAGUCAUAUCCGCGAGAUGGCACCCGGAAGACUUCUCGUUCCUCUCAACAUCUGCAGACAAGACGGCUGUUCUGUGGACCAUUCCGCCAAUAUGAAGCGGAAGGAAGGAAGUACCAUUGUUUAAUUUAAAUUUAUAAGUCGAAAAUGUUAUUGUAUUGUAUGUUUUAAUUUUUCAUAAUGCAGUUUAAUUUUGAUUAAUAUGAUGAUGAUCUAGCCAAUAUUGCAUGUUAUACAAGAGUCCGCCAAUAUGAAGCGGAAUGAAGGAAGUAUCAUUGUUUAAUUUUAAUUUAUAAGUCGAAAAUGUUAUUGUAUUGUAUGUUUUAAUUUUUCAUAAUGCAGUUUAAUUUUGAUUAAUAUGAUGAUGAUCUAGCCGAUAUUGCAUGUUAUACAAAAGUCCGCCAAUAUGAAGCGGAAUGAAGGAAGUAUCAUUGUUUAAUUUUAAUUUAUAAGUCGAAAAUGUUAUUGUAUUGUAUGUUUUAAUUUUUCAUAAUGCUGUUUAAUUUUGAUUAAUAAUUGAUGAUGAUCUAGCCAAUAUUGUAUGUUUUACAAAAGUCCGCCAAUAUGAAGCGGAAUGAAGGAAGUACCAUUGUUUAAUUUAAAUUUAUUAAUCGAAAGUGAUGUGUAUUGUAUGUUUUAAUUUUUCAUAAUGCAGUGUAAUAUAGUUUAAUGUUGAUUAAUAUGAUGAUGAUCUAGCCAGUAUUGCAUGUUUUACAUUAACAGUGAUUGUAUUUCAGUAUUGUUAUCGGGAAACAAUAAGUCUUGUAUGUGGUCAAGACUGGUGUGAGAUUUGAGAAAGAAAAUUUAACUUUCCGCCAAGUUAAACUGGUAUUAGAUAUUUAGAUUCAUAAAUAUUGCAAUACUGGCUUGUUUUUUUUUUAUAUAAUAUAAUUAAAAAAAUAAAAAUAAUUGAAUAUUUGAAUCAACAAUAUUAAAGGAACUUAUGUGUAUAGUUGUUAUAGGAAACUUAGUUUUAGAAAUUUCCUGUCGUUUAACAUUUAACAGUACAUAAUUUAUAUUAUCAUGUAUUUGAAAUGAAUUGGGGAAUUAUGUUUAUGGUCUAAGAUCCGUUGUGAUUAGAAAUAAAUGAUGGAUAAUGGUUACCUUGACUCUAUCAUUUAUUUCUAAUCACAAUUAAAUAACAGAUGAGGGUAUAUAUUUCUGAUAACGGAUCUCGUACCAUUAUGUUUAUGUUAUUUAAAAAAAAAUGCCUUUUUCUUGUACAUCUUCCUUUAUGUUAAUUAUAACAAUUUUUAAUCAUACCUGCUUAUAAACAAAUUGAUUGACAUUUAGCAUUCUAUAUUUUUGAUGUAAUUAAUGAAUAUUUAAUCAUUAAAAAUAUUUCAUUAUAUAUAAUAUUAAUAUAAAAUUUCAGAACUUUAUAGCUGUAUGAAUUAGAUUUUCAAGUAAGUCUUUUUUUUUUUAGAAAUUUAUUAUUUUGGUUGUAAUGUUAUGGUGUACAUAUAGGCGUUUGUGUUUAACAAUGAAGGAUUGCUAAUAGAGCAGAGACACGUUUAUAAAUUAUCAUGUAUGUGAGUUUUUGCUAAGUGUGUUGGUAAAUUGAAUAUCUAUGCCACCUAUAUCCAUGUGGUAUCUCUCUAAAUAAUUUAAUAACACGUUUCUGCUGUUCUUUAAUAUCUGCUUAUGAACAAAUUGACUGACAUUUAGCAUUCUAUAUUUUCACUUUUAUUGUAAUUAUUAAUGGACAUUUAAUCUCUAACAAUGUUUCUUGAUUUUAUUUACUGUGUAGGAUAACAUAAUUAUGGGCAUGCGUAAAACGUAUACUAGUAUUUUUUUUGUAGAAAAUUUCAGAACUUUACAUGGCUUUGUGAAUUAAAUUUUCGAGUAGGCUAAUAGAGCAGAAUCAUGUCCUUUUAAAUGAAUGUUCUUAAAAAUAAUUAUAUCUAUUUGUAAUAAAAUAUAUUUAAUAAUUAAAUAAGAAAUAAAUAUAUUUAAAAAUGAAUUCAACUUUAAUAAAUUAUUAAUCCAAUAUA